AUGGCGAUCAAAGCCGACCCCAGCGAUACCAAAUUCACAGUGUUUAUUCGCCUACCCUUUCCAAGGGGUGAUUUUGUCGACCCACCACCAGUGGAAUGGGAUACACACAAAGACCAAGCACUUUGGGAUAUCCUUUCGCGCCCGUCGAAAGGAGACAUAGAUUGGAAAGCACUUGCAGACAACUUUGAGGUCACCUUGCAGUUUCUACUUCAACAGGCUGCAUGGCUGUAUGAUCGACAGUUAUCACAGGUCCGCGCUCAAAUUCGCAAGGUGGGAACUACACAGUCAAAUUCGCCCUCUCCGGCUCCUGGGUCGGUUUCUGGGAGCACCGCUUUGGGUGGGCAAGCACAGAAAGAGGUGCCGGUGACAGCUCUUGAUGAUCGACGGGCCAGUACUUCGACUUUACCUGGUACUCAGAAACGCGGAACCCAAGACCCUCAUCGUACUGACACACCCACAGCUGACGAGAAAGACUCUCGCUGGGAUUCCCUUGGCCGUCGACCUUCGGUCGCUCAUCGGGAACAGCCUGCUGCACCUGUUCUUCGAUCCCCUCCGCUAGAGGAAGAAGAUCUAUCUUCCAGUCUCUCCGAAGAGUCCGAUUCUGACGAAGAGACUGGCAGACGUAUGCCGCGAUUCAAGCGAUUUGGCAAAUUCUCCAUCCAGCGCUCCGGCCUCCGCGAUGACGAAGAUGACGAAGAUGACACCCCAGCCUUCCUGCCCCUUGUCCGAGAAAACGAACAAGCCCAACGCGAACGACCCGGCCAGGAACUCAGCGCUACUCUCCGGCUAGAUGCCGAGCGAGCAGCUCAGCGACGACGCAACCCGGAACGUCCGGGUCAUGCAAUCCUUGCCACGGAUUCCUCCACUAGCUCUAUGAGUUCCGGAGCUCCGGUGAGUCUAUCUCCCAGCGAUAGCAGACGCAUUAACCCCGCUGUGCCCACUAUGCAUGCCCGGCGACUCCCGGAAUCUCGCCAGAACUCCCGGAAGUCGACGGCCUCCGGGCGUGAGGCCAGUGACGGUACCCCCAGCAUGGGAAGCAGCUUUAGUGAUCUUGAUGAUGCAAGUGUCACCCAAUCUGCCCUGGAGGAGGCUCUACUAAGCAAUAUGCAACAUGGUGGGAUGGCAAGUCGGAUGAGCACGAUCAGCCAGGCACUUCGCAGUCGCUAUCUGCAGUGA